AUGGCUAUCUCUCCUAAAAUUUACACAUUCGGUUGUGGAUGCUUUGCCGCGCUCGGGGCCUCCAUUUUCGGUUAUGACCUUUCAGUCAUCUCUUCUGUCUUCACCGCCCCCGACUUCAUUGAGUUGACCGACAUCGCCAGCAAUCCAACAUACCAAGGGUUCAUCGUCUCGUCCAUGUUGCUCGGGGCCUUUGUUGGCAGUAUUCCCGCUAGUCUUGUUGCCGAUCUGUUCAGCCGAAGAACAUCUCUCACAUGCGCGGGCGUAAUCUUCUUGCUAGGUGGAGCCCUACAGACCGGCGCCCAAAGUCGGGGCAUGAUGCUCGCCGGUCGAUUCUUCGCUGGCUUCGCCAUCGGAGGCUUGGGGACUCUGGUGCCCUUGUAUCAAUCCGAAAUCGCCCAUCCCAGUCAACGUGGUCGAAUUAUGGCAACAUUCCAGUUCUUCCUAGGUUUAGGAUCCUUCAUUGCCACUUGGAUAGCAUACGCCUGCGCCAAAUACCAGUAUGGUACUGCAUUACAAUGGCGCCUACCUAUUGGCCGUCAGAUGCUACCCGCUGUCCCCUUGGUCUUUUUGACCUUCCUUUUACCAGAAUCUCCCAGAUGGCUCAUGCUAAAGCAUCGAGACGCCGAGGCGAUCAAGGUACUCGCGAAACUACAUGCUCGAGGCAACGAAUCUGAUAGUUUUGUUCAGGCAGAAUAUGCCUCAAUGAAACGACAAGUUGAAGAGGAGGCUGGAGUGGAUACCACUUGGAAAGCGUUGUACAGCAGCGUGCUGAACCUCCGUAAAGUAUUGUUGGGUGUGAUUCUUCAAUUCUCUGUUCAGAUGACUGGAGUCGGGGUCAUUCAGUAUUACUCUGUCUCGAUAUACACAUCUGUAGGAUACAAAGGAUCUCAGACUCUCCUGAUACAAGCCAUCAACAACUUGUUCGGCCUGUUGGCGGAAGUUGCCUGUAUCUUGUUCCUCGACAAGACCGGUCGACGGGGGCCCUUGAUCUGGUGCAACGUCAUAGGGGGUAUCUGUUUUGCGGCUGCAACACCUCUAGUUCGCAAAUUUACCUUCGGAACAGGGACCAAGGCGGACGGCCUCGGUUUUCUGGCGGUCACAUUUUUGUUCAACAUCGUCUUCUCGUAUGGUAUAGGACCUCUGUCAUGGGUUUAUCCUACCGAAAUAAUGAACACGGGAAUCAGGGCAAAAGGAUCAGCCCUCACAGCCAUGGCAAGUUGGAUCGCAAAUUUCAUGAUGGGAGAGAUCGCUCCCACAGCGUUCGCUCAAGUCUCUUGGCGAUUUUACAUUGUUUUUUGCGUAUGCUGCUUCACGAAUGCUCUUGUCAUCUACCUCCUGUUCCCGGAGACCAAGAAUCGAACACUUGAAGAAAUGGACGACUAUUUCCGCCGUGGCAAUUGGGUAGUCAUUCGGGACAAAGACAUGCUUCGUUCAGCUGAGGAUCCAGAACGGCGAUUCACUUCAGAUGACAGCGCCCCUGCAGUCCUUCCCGUUGCGGACGACGACAAGCACGCAUCCGGGCAUCUUGAGAUCGCUUGA